UCAUAAAAUCUUCACAAUUGUUUUAGCGCACUUUGUAUGUAGAUUGAACUUAUGUCUUUUUACUGAAGAUUCAAGAUUGUUCUCUCUGAACUGGUCGAUGAGAAUGGCAAGAACUUGGCGAGCGUACGAACAAGAGAGAGACAGACAAUCUUAUCGCUGGGGUGGUGGGACCAUUGGACUUCGAUCAGCAACAACCUGCAAAGGAUGAUGGGUAAAUUUCCGCCAUCUUUACUCCCUCGCAGUUUAGAGUUGAAGUUGGGUGAGGUUGUUUGAGGUUGGGGUGUAGUAGGAAGUUUUACCACGAUGUCGGGGAAUAUGGGGAUGGAGCAGCUCAUCCCAAUAGUAAAUAAGCUGCAAGAUGCGUUCACCCAGCUGGGAGUUCACAUGCAAUUGGAUCUUCCUCAAAUUGCUGUUGUAGGAGGUCAAAGCGCAGGAAAGAGUUCCGUUUUGGAAAAUUUCGUGGGAAGGGACUUCUUGCCUCGAGGUUCAGGAAUAGUUACCAGAAGACCUCUUAUUUUGCAGCUAAUCAACUCUCCAACAGAACAUGCUGAAUUUUUACAUUGUAAGGGAAAGAAAUUUGUGGACUUUGAUGAAGUUAGAAGAGAAAUUGAAGCAGAGACAGAUCGGGUGACAGGUAGCAACAAAGGCAUUUCAAAUAUACCCAUUAAUUUGAGAGUAUAUUCACCACAUGUUCUGAAUAUUACCCUCAUUGAUCUCCCUGGACUUACAAAAGUGGCUGUGGGUGAUCAGCCUGUGGACAUCGAGCAGCAAAUUAGAGACAUGUUGCUUCAAUUUAUUUCAAAAGAAACUUGUCUCAUUUUGGCAGUAACUCCUGCAAACACAGAUUUGGCUACUUCUGAUGCUUUGCAGAUUGCAAAGACUGUUGAUCCUGAUGUCUUGAACCUGACUCUUAUUGACCUGCCUGGUCUCACUAAGGUCCCAAUUGGAGACCAGCCUGCCGACAUAGAACAGCAGAUACGUGCAAUGAUUAUGCAGUUUAUAUCCCGAGAUAAUUGUUUGAUUUUGGCUGUUACACCAGCUAAUACAGAUUUGGCAAACAGUGAUGCUCUCAAACUUGCCAAAGAAGUAGACCCUGCAGGCAUUCGUACAAUAGGUGUUAUUACAAAACUUGACCUAAUGGACGAGGGUACAGAUGCUCGUGAUAUUUUAGAGAACAAGCUUCUUCCGCUCAGGCGUGGUUAUAUUGGUGUUGUGAACCGCAGCCAAAAAGAUAUUGAAGGACGUAAAGAUAUUAAGGCUGCCUUAGCAGCGGAGAGGAAAUUUUUCCUUAGUCAUCCAUCAUACCGACAUCUUGCUGAUCGUUUAGGAACUCCAUAUUUACAACGAGUAUUAAAUCAACAGUUGACAAAUCAUAUAAGGGACACUUUACCAAGUCUGCGUGAGAAACUACAGAAACAACAACUUACUCUGGAGAAAGAUGUUGAACAAUAUAAACAUUUCCGACCAGAUGAUCCAGCUAUUAAAACAAAGGCUAUGUUACAAAUGAUCCAGCAACUUCAGUCAGAUUUUGAACGCACCAUUGAAGGUUCAGGAUCAGCUCUUAUUAAUACAAUGGAGCUGUCUGGAGGAGCAAAGAUAAAUCGCCUGUUCCAUGAAAGAUUCCCAUUUGAAAUUGUCAAGAUGGAAUUUGAUGAGAAAGAGCUGCGGAAAGAAAUAGCAUUUGCAAUUAGAAAUAUUCAUGGUAUUAGAGUUGGCUUGUUUACACCUGACAUGGCUUUUGAAGCUAUUGUUAAAAAGCAAAUUGCUCGUCUAAAAGAACCAAGUUUGAAAUGUGUAGAUCUCGUUGUUGCAGAACUUUCUAAUGUUGUUCGUGUGUGUACAGACAAGAUGGCCAGAUACCCACGUCUGCGAGAGGAAACAGAAAGGAUUAUAACUACCCAUGUAAGACAGAGAGAACAAAUUUGUAAAGAGCAAAUUAUUCUGCUGAUAGAUUGUGAAUUGGCAUACAUGAAUACGAAUCAUGAAGAUUUUAUUGGCUUUGCUAAUGCUCAACAAUCAUCAGAAAAUUCAGUGAAAGCAGGAAGGAAAAUAGGUAACCAGGUCAUUCGUAAAGGUUACAUGAAUAUUCAUAACUUGGGAAUCAUGAAAGGAGGAGCUCGAGAUUAUUGGUUUGUGUUAACAUCAGAUAAUAUUUCAUGGUUUAAAGAUGAAGAGGAAAGAGAAAAAAAAUACAUGCUCCCCCUUGAUGGUUUGAAGUUGAGGGACAUAGAACAGGGUUUCAUGUCUCGUCGGCAUUCUUUUGCUCUUUUCAAUCCUGAAGGUAGAAAUGUUUACAAGGACUUCAAGCAACUAGAAUUGAGUUGCGAAAACCAAGAUGAAGUGGAUUCAUGGAAGGCAUCAUUCUUAAGAGCAGGUGUAUAUCCCGAAAAGCAGACUGAGCAAGCUAAUGGAGAGGAGGAGGGAGGUGAAGGAAUGGCUUCAAUGGACCCACAACUUGAGAGACAAGUGGAGACAAUACGCAAUUUAGUCGAUUCAUACAUGAAGAUAGUGACAAAAACAACUCGAGAUUUGGUACCCAAAACCAUCAUGAUGCUGAUCAUCAAUAAUGCAAAAGAUUUUAUAAAUGGUGAAUUAUUAGCUCAUCUCUAUGCAUCCGGAGAUCAGUCUCAAAUGAUGGAGGAGAGUCCUGAAGAAGCACUGAAGAGAGAGGAAAUGCUCCGCAUGUACCAUGCAUGUAAGGAGGCCCUGAGAAUUAUUGGGGAUGUUUCCAUGGCAACAGUAUCUACUCCAGUACCUCCUCCAGUGAAGAAUGAUUGGCUUGUUUCGGGUCUUGACAAUCCAAGGAGACCUGUCCCCAAUAUUCCUCCUAGACUCCCGGACAGGCCAAACAUUCCAGCUCGACCAAAUUUCUAAACGCAGCUCGUCAGUCAAGAAGUCAUGUCUUCUCAUUGCAAGAUAAUGAAGUAAGGCACUUUCUCCAGAGAAGUUUUACGGGUAGUUAAUCAAGUGAAAUCAUUUCUGGUAAUGGUUUGAAAAAACUUAAUUGUGCACUUAACUUUCUAUGCUGGAGAUUAAAAAGAGGAGAAUCUUGCACUUAAUAUUCAAAAGCUUUGCAUAAAAAUGAGUAAGUUACCUAUUAAAUAAGUGUUAAAACACUUUUUACCAGUUAUAAAUAUUUUCUUCAAGCGGCAAGUGGAAAUGAUUGUAAUAGAGUGGUUUGAAAAUUUGGUUAGUCAUUUUGAUAAUUUAUGACAAAGCGAAACCCCAAGACAUAUACUUUGAAAAUCUCUCUUCUAGGUAUUCUCCUUUACUGUGAAACUAUCUGAAAAGGAUAGUUUAUCAACUAAAAGUAAAACUGGGUGUCUGAAAUACUUCAGUUUCCCAUGAUAUUUAUGGAGUUAAAAUAAUGAUUUUUGUAUUGAUCAAAAGCAUGAAAUCAGUGAUUUUUUUUAAAAUCUUAUUGGUUUGUAUCUGUGUUAAGUAUUUUAUUUCUGUUUACAGAUUAUGUCUAGAAAGUAUUAUGCAUUUGUGACAGCAGGAAAAGUAAUAUUACUUUUGCUUGUUAUUCCUAAAAAUAUUUCCUUUGUUUACGUAAAAGGCUCUCUGUAUAUUUUUAAUAUAUUUAUAUGAUGUGUGUUUGAGUGUAUGCUUUGGAAUGAGUGAACGAGUCUUUGGAAAUUAGUGCAGACUGAUGUUUUAAGAGUAUUUGUUUUAUUCACAUGAAAAGGACACUUGAGUUAAGGAUUGAGGAGAAUAUUAUGUUAAUAUCAAUCUUAUACUUUUUAAAAAAGGAUGUAUUUAAUGUUUGUUAUAUAUACAUA